CUCUCAGCACACACUCGGUUCCGGAAAAAAUGCCGUUGCCGAUCCAGCCAGGAUUCUUACAGGUUGGCAUAGAGCCGAUGCAGGUUGAUGCCCAGCCAGAAGAAAAUGACAACGUGGAGGAGGAUCGAUAUGUGGUUGAAAACACAACACUGGAUUUGGAACAGUAUGCAGCUCAAUACAGUGGACUGGCAAAACUAAACAGACUGCUGUUCAUUGCUGAUCAUUGUCCAAUGCUUAGAGUAGAGGCACUGCGGAUGGCACUGGCCUAUGUAAUGAAUACCUAUAACACUAGUCUCUAUCAACAGAUCCACCGAAAACUACAAGAGGCAGUCACAUCGUCCUCCAGUCUUCCAGAUGCUGUUGCUGGAGCCAUUCACAAUGUCCCCAGCCUAGACACACAGUGGAUAGAAACCACCUCCAAAAAAGCCGCCCUCAAACUGGAGAAGCUAGACACUGACCUCAAAAACUACAAAAGCAACUCCAUAAAGGAGAGCAUCAGACGUGGGCAUGACGACUUAGGUGACCAUUACUUAGACUACGGAGACCUCAGUAAUGCAUUAAAGUGCUACUCCAGAGCCAGGGACUACUGCACCAGCCCUAAACAUGUGGUCAAUAUGUGUUUGAAUGUCAUAAAGGUUAGUGUUUAUUUACAAAAUUGGUCGCAUGUGCAGAGUUAUGUGAACAAAGCGGAGAGUACACCAGAAAUGGCCGAGCAGCAUGGUAAAGAUGGUGGCCAAAUUGUGUUGACAAAAUUAAAAUGUGCUGCAGGUUUAGCAGAUUUAGCUACCAAGAAGUACAAAUCCGCUGCCAAAUAUUUCCUUCAAGCCAACUUUGACUACUGUGACUUUCCAGAACUCCUUUCACCUUGUAAUGUUGCCACUUAUGGUGCUCUUUGUGCCCUUGCAUCAUUUGACAGACAAGAAUUGCAGAAAAAUGUCAUAUCUAGCAGCUCAUUUAAAUUAUUCCUAGAAUUAGAACCUCAGCUUCGUGACAUAAUUCAUAAGUUUUAUGAAUCAAAGUAUGCGUCAUGUUUAAAACUUUUAGGAGAAAUCAAGGAUAAUCUACUACUAGAUAUGUAUUUAGCUCCACAUGUGAAUGUCUUGUAUACACAAAUAAGAAAUAGAGCUCUAUGCCAGUAUUUUAGUCCAUAUUUAUCCGCUGACAUGAGGAAAAUGGCUGAAGCCUUCAACACAACAGUUCCUGCUCUUGAAGAUGAAAUCAUGCAAUUAAUCCUGGAUGGUCAAGUCAAUGCUCGCAUAGACUCCCAUAAUAAGAUUUUAUAUGCAAAGGACACAGAUCAGAGAAGUUCCACUUUUGAGAAGUCUUUUGCCAUGGGCAAAGAGUAUCAGCGACGCACUAAAGCUUUAAUCCUGAGAUCUGCGAUGUUACGAAAUCAAAUCCAUGUAAAAAGCCCACCUAGAGAUGGGGGUCAAGGAGGAGAGAUGUCAAUAGCACCAGGGACAGUUUCAUCUGCCAGGAACUGACCGUACAAUAGACGGUGUCUAUUUCUGUGAUAAAAGACUUCUGUCAGAGAUGACUGAGCGGGUCAGAGACAGACAUCCUGCAUGUAGUGCUAAAUCAGCCUUGUUUCAUAUCAGGACUCAUUGAUAGCAUCGUUAUCACUGAUCAGCCAGCGCUUGAUCCUUGCAGGGAUUCCUUCUAUAUCUUUCUUUCUGUUUCUUUUAUGUCAAUUUAUGAAUCAAUGAAUCAAUCAUGAGCAACCAAAAAUUCUGUUCCAAUUCAUAAAAUUUUAUAUUCUGAAGUAUAGACAUUGAAUAUUGCUUUUAAUAUUCAGCAUGACUCUCUAAAAUUGUAACUGAUUUAAAACUGUCAAAUGAAAUAUACACUGUACAUGUAGUUAAAGAUGAAAUAAUUCCAGUUUUGUAUAUUGCAAUGUACAUGUACUUUGUACAAGUUUUAUUAAAAAUUCAGUUUGCUUUGGUAAACUGUGAAUGUUAACAAA